AAAAGACCAUAAAAUAGUGCGUGUGAUCUCCCACAUGCACACACAAACACAAGCUCUCGCUACCCUCCUUCCGUCCAUCAACCAUCUUCUCUCUCAUCAUAUCAUAUGAGCAAGGAUUCUUUCCAACCUACAAUCUUCUUUCCCUGAUAGCCAGCCAGCUAUUUCUUCCUUGGACUCUCUCUCUCUCUCUCUCUCUCUCUCUCUCUCUCUCUCUCUCUCUCUCUCUCUCUCUCUCUCUCUCUACCACCACACCUAACCUUCUCGGAGCUAGACCCACAGCAAGAGAGAAGAAGCUGGAGACAUCAAAUCCGUUCCACGCUCUCCCAAACAACUAAACCACUCCAUUUACCCGGCCGGCUAGAAAACAUACACGCCAAGUUAUAUGCAUCUAUCGCCGUGUAUAUAUACCAUGGCCUAAGUGACCAUGGACGUCGCCGGUGACGGCGGAGGAGGCGGCCACCGCCCCAACUUCCCCCUCCAGCUCCUUGAGAAGAAAGAGGAGCAGCCGUGCUCCAGCUCCGCUGCGGUGGGCACGUCGGCGGGAGGCGGCAACGGGAAUGGAUCGGGGGCCGGAGGUGAGGCGGCGCAGGUGCGGAAGGCGGCGCCCAAGCGGAGCUCCACCAAGGACCGGCACACCAAGGUGGAGGGAAGGGGGCGCCGCAUCCGGAUGCCGGCGCUGUGCGCGGCACGGGUGUUCCAGCUGACGCGGGAGCUCGGGCACAAGACGGACGGCGAGACCAUCGAGUGGCUGCUGCAGCAGGCCGAGCCGGCGGUGAUCGCGGCCACCGGCACCGGCACCAUCCCGGCCAACUUCACCUCCCUUAACAUCUCCCUGCGCUCCUCGGGCUCCUCGUUCUCCGCCCCGCCCCACCUCCGCGGCGCCCCCUUAUUGCCUAGCCCCACCAGCGCCGCCGCCCGGUUCGGCGGCCGUGCUGACGCGUGGGACCGGGUCGUCGGCCUUGGCUUCCCUCCCGAGGGCCCGGCCUCGUCGUCGUCGUCGCCGUCCCCUCUGCUGCUUAACUUCUCCGGCAGCGUCGGUCUCGACGUGCAGCCGUCGCCGUCUGCCGCAGCCGCAGCCGCAGCCGCCGAUAUGUCGAGGAAGAGGCGGUGGGAACAAGAAAUGCAGCAGCAGCAGCAGCAAUACCAGCAGCAGAUGGCGGGGUACACGCAAAGCCAAAUGCCGGGCACCGUGUGGAUGGUGCCGAGCAACAACGCGCCGCAGGGUGGUGCAGCUUCCAGCGGAGGCAGCGGCGAGUCUAUCUGGACGUUCCCGCAGAUGGGCAGCGCCGCCGCCGCAGCAGCUGCCGUGUACCGGGGGAGCGUGCCGAGCGGGCUACAUUUCAUGAACUUCCCUGCGCCGGUGGCGCUGCUUCCAGGGCAGCAACUGGGGCUCGGCCCCGUGGGAGGCGGAGGCGGCGGAGGAGGAGGCGGAGGCGAGGGGCACAUGGGCAUCCUCGCCGCCCUCAAUGCGUACCGGACGCAGGCGGCAACGGAUCCCGCGGCCAGUCAGGGCGGAGGAGGCGGGUCUGGCCAGCAGCAGCACGGUGGCGGCCGCGGCGAACGGCAUGAGAGCAUGAGCACCAGCGACUCGUAGCCGCCGUCGUCGGGGGAUCUCCAAGGAUCGCAUGCAUCGCGCGCUCUGGUGUGGCUUUGAUCUGUUCUUUGUCUUGGUUUCACUUUCUUCCUUUCCUUUUAAUUUUGUGGUUUCUCUCUCUCUCUCUCUCUCUCUCUCUCUCUCUCUCUCUCUCUCUCAUCCUAGCUACACACCCCUACGGCGAGGAUUACACUUCUGCUGCACUCCAUGGCAUGCGAUAGGAUCAGUCAUCAUCCUUACGUGAGGUCGUGAGCUGUGCUUGUGACGGCCUGUGAGCUAGUGAGCGAGCGAGCGAGGUGUGUCUCUCUCGUGGGGAGAUGAGGAGGGGAAAACGCAGCACCAGCAGAGAGAGAUUGUUCGUUUUGUUCUUUAGUUUUAGGGUUUGCAUUGAUCAAGUGCGAGCAGAAGAGAUAUUUUUUUUAUCAAGCAUGGCAUCAUUCAUCUGCCGUGAGCCCGUGACGGUCCAGAUUUUUUUUCAUCAUCCAAGCAACAUUAUUC